AUGAAGCUAAGCAAAACGGAGGAGCUGUGUAAUACUUCUUCCAUACCCAAGUUACUUCCUUUACUAGCUUUGUCCUUAGAUUUAGCAGCCCCUACUUUGACUGCAUUAUUGAAAAUGGGUUCAUGGCUUUCAACAGAAGAAUUUAGCGUUAAAAGAAUUGUUGAUAUCAUGGCAUUGGCUGGAAAUAGGCUACUUGAUCUUGAGUUGAGUUGGCUUAGUCAUGUGGUUUACAUUUUACCAAUAUAUCAUACAAGUUUUAUUAAAAGAAUAAUUAUGGAUGACAUUCAUGAAUAUCUUCUUUUAAAAGGAGUUGAAGCAGUGGCAAUUCAUGGAGGCAAGGAUCAAGAAGAGAGAGAAUAUGCCAUUUCAUCCUUCAAAGCAGGCAAAAAUGAUGUACUGGUUGCCACAGAUGUAUGUUAA